AUGGCGCUCCAAACUCCCAUUUCAAACUGUACGACGCAAAUUCCAUCCCUCGGAGAGCUUGAGGGCCUUCAAUUCGCCAACGGCGUUCAGCAGUACUGCGGAAUCCCUUACGCGGAUCUGGCAAAACGUUGGACAAGGUCUACCUUGAAAACAUCAUGGACGGGGGACAAACAUGACGGGACACACUUGGGGAGCGAUUGUCCCUCCCCGGUUACCGAAGGGGAUGACUCCAGCGAUCUCACUCCAGUGCCACCUGCGCCUCAUUUUGCGACGCCUCGGGUGGAUGAACUGACGGGCCUCGUCAUGAACAUUGUUCUUCCCCAUGCGCCCAGGGGACAGCGGCUUCCAGUGAUGGUCUAUGUGCACGGCGGCUCUUUGCUGUAUGGAGGCGCCAACCUCCCCAUCUUCGACUGCGUCAACCUAGUCUCGCAAAGCAUCGAAAUGGGCAUGCCAAUCAUCUGCGUCAACUUUAACUAUCGCGUAGGCCUAGGCGGUUUCCUAGCGAGUCAAGCCAUCCGAUCUGAACUGCAGCACGACGGCUUCGAGGGCUGCGGUAAUUUUGGCUUCACGGAUCAGCAGGUUGCGUUUGAAUGGGUGCAGAGAUACAUUCCCGCCCUGGGCGGCGAUCCCAAUCGAGUCACUGCUGUCGGAGAAUCGGCUGGGGGGAUUUCAAUCAGCAACCAGCUUGCGGCGGCGAGGCCUCCUCAAUUCACGCGGGCAGUUUGCAUGUCUGGUUUGUCAGUUGCUAUUCCCCCUUGGACCCUCGAGCAGCACGAGGAGCUCUUUCAGGCGGUUUGUCGAUAUUUCCAGAUCGAUUCGUCGCGGGUAGACGUCUUGGAUGAGCUCCGUCGCAUCCCACAGCAGGAGCUCGCCAACGCUACGUCUUCCAUUCAGGGAGUGUUAUCUGGAACUGGAAACCCUUGUCUCGAUGACUGGUUCUAUAGCAGCAAUCCAUGCGAGAUACAAGAAGCACCAAGCUGGCUCGAAGGGUUGAUGCUUGGAGAUACGUACCACGAGGGAAUCAUCUUCCACUUGAACCUCCUGCAGGACGACUUUUCCUCAAUUCGCCAUACUCUACAAACACAUAUUUGCAACGACGCGGAAACCGACGAGAUCCUACUCGCGUACGAUAUCCGUCCAGAUCUGACACAGAACGAGCUGCUUGAACGCGUGGAGCACAUGUGCGGCGAUGCCAUCUUCAAGAUCCCCAAUUAUGCAACGGCCCUGCUCAACACGCACCUUCGUGAUGGAAAGGCUUUGUACCUGUAUCAUUUCGAUCAGCGAUCGCGGGUUGAGAAUUCGCUCAAGGGGACUGCGUAUCACGCACACGAGCUACUGUAUCUCUUUAAGAACCUAGGCAAUCUCAUGGAUGAGAAGGAGAACGCUAUGGCGCAUGACUUUGCAGCGGCAUGGGUUCGAUUUACCAACGGCGACGCUCCUUGGCAGGCAACUGACAGGCAAUGGAAGGUAUGGGGACAGGAUUGUGCCCAGGCUAUUUGUGAUGAGGUGAGUGAUGAGAAUGUCAGAGGGUACAAGCGAAUGCAGCGGAUGCUAGCAAUGGGAGGUGGCGAGACGUGGAAACGAUGGCUUUCGGGCGUAGACGCGUUGGUCAACAAGAGGAUGAAUUUGGGAAAGGCAGCGUAG